UGCGGAACCUUGAAGCAACCGUCUCUCCCAGGCAGGCGGGGGGGAGGAGUGGUGUCAGUGUGACACACUGGGCAAACAGGAAGAAUGUGAAAAGAAGGCUCUUUGACUACGGUGUGAGAGGUUAAACCAACAUGGCCACCCGCCGUGUCCCACUUGUCUUGUUAGCCUGCGGCUCAUUUAAUCCAAUCACCAACCAGCAUAUGAGGCUCUUCGAGCUGGCCAGAGACCACAUGCACAGUACAGGGCAGUACCAAGUGGUGGGUGGCAUUGUGUCCCCAGUGGGUGAUAGCUAUGGAAAGCAAGGCCUGGUACUGGCUAAGCAUCGUGUUGCUAUGGCAGAGCUGGCACUUCAGAGCUCCAACUGGGUCACAGUUGAUGAAUGGGAGAGCCAGCAGCCAGACUGGACGGAGACAGUGGUCACUAUGAGGUAUCAUUAUGGGCGUAUUCUGAAAGCGUAUGAGCAGAGCGUGGGAACGCACAACAACUCAACAGCUCACCACUGCAGACCUCCUCAUUCUCUAGAAGUAAAGAAACCAAUCAACAUGGCCCCUAAUCUGACAGGAUGUUGGAAAAUGAUUUCCAGCGACAACUUCGAGGAGUAUCUGAAGACUCUCGAUGUUAACAUUGCCAUCAGGAAAAUUGCCACCUUACUGAAGCCUGACAAGGACAUCAUUCACGAGGGCGACCGCAUAAUCAUCAAGACUCUCAGUACCUUCAAAAACUACAGCAUGGACUUCUGCGUGGGCCAAGAGUUUGAGGAGAAUCUGUCUGGAGUGGAUGACCGGAAAUGCAUGACCACCAUCACCUGGGAGGGAAACAAGCUGGUGUGUGUGCAAAAGGGAGAGAUUGAAGGAAGAGGCUGGACUCACUGGGUGGAGGGAGAUGAGCUUCAUCUGGAGCUGAGAGCUGCAGGAGUUGUUUGCAAGCAGGUCUUCAAGAAGACUUAAAGCAGCUCUUGCUGAACAGGAUGGAGCCCCCAGCAAACAAAAACAAGCCUUUCCUCUGACAUACAGUCCGACUUUCCUUUCAUCCCUUUGGCCUUUCCGUGUGCCCGUGUUGCUGUUGGGAAUUCAUCAAACACACAUUUAUAUUCCAUCAUUCUUUUGCCUUACUUUGCCAAAGCAAUUUCUCUAUAGCACAAUACACCACAAAACCCAAUACUGUGUACUUGUUUUAAGGUGGGGGCUAUGAUUAGCAAGUUUAGAUGUGCUGGAUGCACGCAUAAUGUUAUAGCUGUAGCUGAUCUGCUGGGUGAGGUAGCCUGAUAAAGCCAAGCACUGACAUGACCGCUGGGAACGUUAUGGAUGCAGUGAAGAGAAAUAUAACAAGUUAGUUCUUCAAAUAAUUAUUGUUGAAGGAACGUGAUAAGAUCAGAACUUAGCUGAGAUGCUCAGUCUCUGGAAUAAAUAUGUUGUAUGUAUGUGUCCCAGUUCCUUUUAGAACUGUGCCUGUGAACACUGAAUCAAUCAAUAAAUGACGCAGUUCUCAGCUAAUCUCA